ACUCGUUAGUCGAUGCCUGGUAAACGGGGGAUUUGCUAUCUCUUUCUCGCGUUUAUCUUUAAAUAAAAUAGUUAUUAAAUAUUACUACACGGCUUCAACUCAGACAUUAAAGUUGGUUAUUUAGUAGUAACGUGAAGUGUUAGUGUGAUUUUAAAACAACAACAAAAAUGGCACCGAUCGAUGGGGCGUAUGAUUAUGACUUGGCCGUCAUUGGUGGUGGCUCGGGAGGGCUGGCAUGCGCUAAGGAAGCAGUGAACCAGGGCGCUCGCGUUGCUGUGUUAGAUUAUGUUACCCCUUCGCCCCAGGGGACAAAGUGGGGUCUCGGAGGAACAUGCGUGAAUGUGGGAUGUAUACCGAAAAAGUUGAUGCAUCAAGCGGCAUUACUUGGAGAGAGCAUACAUGAAGCGGUUGCGUACGGCUGGCAAGUGCCCGCACUGGACCAGAUCAAAAUCAACUGGGCCGCCCUUACAGAGUCCGUCCAGAACCACAUAAAGUCUGUCAACUGGGUGACCAGAGUCGACUUGCGGGACAAAAAGAUUGACUACAUCAAUGGGCUAGGCGAAUUCAAGGAUCCCCACACCAUAAUAGCGACCAUGAAGAAUGGAAGCAAGAAGGAGUUGACAGCGAAGAAUAUAUUGAUCGCGGUCGGCGGGCGACCACAUUACCCGGAUAUCCCUGGCGCGAUAGAGUACUGUAUAAGCAGCGAUGAUAUCUUCAGUUUGGGACACCCUCCAGGGAAGACGCUGGUCGUUGGAGCUGGAUACAUCGGCCUCGAGUGCGCCGGUUUCCUCAACUCGCUGGGCUUCCCGGCCACGGUGCUGAUCCGCUCGGUGCCACUCCGCGGCUUCGACCAGCAGAUGGCGCAGAUGGUCACCAACGAGAUGGAGUCCAAGGGUGUGAAGCUGCAGCACAAGUGUGUGCCGCUGUCUGUGGAGAAGCUGGAGACGGGACAGUUGAAGGCCAAGUGGUUGAAUACGGAGACGCAGGAACAAAGCGAAGAUGUGUUCGACACAGUGCUCAUAGCGACCGGACGUUAUGCUCUAACGAAACAACUUAACUUGGAUGCGGCUGGUGUUAACUGUCUCUCCGAGAGCGGCAAGGUCAUAGCUGAAACGGAACAGACCAACGUGCCCCACAUCUACGCAGUGGGCGAUGUGCUCGAGGGCCGGCCGGAGCUCACCCCCGUGGCGAUACACGCUGGACGCCUGCUGGCCCGCAGGCUGUUCGGUGGCUCCACUCAGCUGAUGGACUACGACAACGUGGCCACAACCGUGUUCACACCGCUGGAGUACGGGUGCGUGGGGCUGAGCGAGGAGACCGCCGUGCAGAGACACGGCGCGGACAACAUCGAGGUGUACCACGCGUACUACAAGCCGACGGAGUUCUUCAUACCGCAGCGCAACAUCCGCAACUGCUACCUGAAGGCGGUGGCGCGCCGCGAGCAGCCGCAGCGCGUGCUCGGCCUGCACUUCGUGGGGCCCGUCGCCGGCGAGGUCAUACAGGGCUUCGCGGCGGCCAUCAAAUGCGGCAUCACCAUGGAGCAACUCAUGAACACAGUGGGCAUCCACCCGACGGUAGCCGAAGAGUUCACCCGCCUGAACAUAACCAAGCGCUCCGGCAAGGACCCCAACCCCGCGUCGUGCUGCAGUUAGAAACCCCCCCACGAUGGGAGGCGGACGUACACUGUCCACAGAUUAUAUAAUAGCAAAUUAUGAAUAAUACAUCACUCACAGCUUUCCCCGAUUUCAGUGGACUCGAUCGAAUUUAAUCAGUUGGUGGUUGGUGGGGUUUAUAUAAAAAUAAAUUUGAUUAUUGCUCUUAAAUUGAGAUACUUCAAUGGUCAUUUAACUUACAGUACAGUGAAAAGUUAUAAUUGAUAUUGUAAUGUUUUGUGGUUUGUUAUUAUUAAAUUGAUUUUUUUAUAUUCUAUUGUUAUCGAGAUACACAGCACAGACAAUAUAUAGUUGUCAAUUAUCCCACUGUGCAUACCGCUUAUAAUUUCUGCACCCUCGCACAUUAAGUAUUACAGUAAAAAUUAUGUUUAUAAUACUAAUGUCACGAUUACUCGGUAGAGAAUAGAUAGAUAUGGGCAUUUAUAAAUGAAUUAAAUUAUAACAAAAGACAUGUUUAUAAAGUUUAUAUAGAAAUGACUUAAAUGUUUCGGUGCUCACACCUUGCCUUUGUUUUAUAGUACAAAAGUUACCCGUUAUUUUGUAGUGACGUCAUGAAUGACAACUAGAUUUGGCGCCAAACGCCAUGUUGUACACAGAUUAAUAAUUAAUAAUUAUAAAUAUUAGUGUUGUAAUGUCUUGUGCUUCAAUAAAAUCAACUUUGACACAAAGAAUGGUCUAGCUGUUAUUUAUAACGUUAUAAGUUAAUUAUUUCGAACAAUAUUGCACACAGUAUUAUAUUUGUAUUGUCUGUUUCCCCGCAUUCGAUGUGGCUACAUUCCGGUUGCUAGUGCGCGCCGAAAAUGAUUUUUUCUCCAUGUGAUUUUAAUUUGUAAUUUAAUAAAGUGAUAUAUUUUUAA